CAGUCAUACACCCCAGCAGCUCAGUGCAGUGCAGGCUGCCUGCCAGGGUGUGAGCUUUUGCUCUGUGCAUGCAUUUCCUUAAGACUGCGGGGAUCUCUCUUCCUUUCUCAGUGCACAGCUGAAGGGCAAGUGCCGCUCAGCUCAGCUCUGCCAGCCGGGCCCUAUUUCCAUAGGUUUCUUCCCAAAAGCAGCCCUGUGCACCAGCAGCCUCGCGACGGGCCCUUCCUGAGCACUUCUCCCACCCGCAGCCCCUGGGGGCUCCGAGGAGCAGUCGCUGGAAAGGAGCGGGAAGAGAUGCGCAUCCCGACGGCCGCAUUGCUGCUGCAGCUGCUGAGCUGCUCCCACGCCGUGCACUGGACCUACCGAGAGGGCGAGCUGGAUGAAGAGCACUGGGGGCUGCACUUCGCUGCCUGUGCCGGCAAGCACCAGUCCCCCAUUGACAUCCAGAGGAAGAAGGUGGUGCACAACGCGCAGCUGCUGCAGCUGGAGCUGAGCGGGUACGGCCGGCCGCUGCAGGGGGACUGCACCAUGACCAACAACGGGCACUCGGUCCAGAUCGAUUUGCCACCCACCCUGUCCAUCUCCCGCGGGCUCCCGCGCCCCUACACCGCGGUGCAGAUGCACCUGCACUGGGGAGGCCUGGACCUGGAGACCAGCGGCUCCGAGCACACGCUGGAUGGGAUGAGAUACGUGGCUGAGCUGCACAUCGUCCAUUACAACUCUGUGGACUACUCAAGCUUUGAAGAAGCCAAAGACAAACCCAACGGACUGGCGGUGCUCGCCUUCCUGUACGUGGAAGGGCACCUGGAGAAUACCUACUACAGUGAAUUCAUUUCCAAACUGGCAAAAAUCAGGUUUGCAGGUCAAUCAACCAAGCUCACCUCUCUGGACGUCCAAGCCAUGCUGCCAGAAAACCUCUCACACUUCUACAGGUACCAGGGCUCGCUCACAACCCCACCCUGCUCUGAGAGCGUCACCUGGACCGUCUUCGACUCUCCCAUCGUCCUGUCGCACACACAGAUCAGCCUCCUGGAGAACACCUUGCUGGACUGGCACAACAGGACGCUGCGCAACGACUACCGGCACGCACAGCCCCUGCACGGCCGCGUGGUGGAGGCCUCCUUCCAAGCCAGGCCCAGACAAGAACAAUGCCAGCCAGAAGAACUCAGCCUCAAACUGGAACAAAUCCAGACGCAACUCCAAGACAUGAAGAAAGAGUUCCUGAACGGAGCGAGCCACGCAGGUAUUACAUCCAGCACUUUCCCAGCAUUCUACUUCCCCAUGGAAAACAUUGAGAGCUUUGUGGAGGUUCGUCCCCGCCGUGAGAUGUCUCUCCAAGCCUUCACCCUGUGCUUCUGGACACAAGCCCGGCACGUGGGCACUCAGACUGUUCUCUCCUACUCCACACGGGAGAGGGACAACGAGCUGGUGAUGACCACGGGUACAGAUGUGGGAUUGUGGAUAGGAGGCCAUUUCAUCAGCUUCCCCCUGUACCACAAGGCACAGGACUGGCUGCAUUACUGCAUGACAUGGGCUUCCCAGUCUGGAAUAGCAAGUUUGUGGCUCAAUGGAGCUGCUGGUGAUGCAAAGAGCAUCCAGAAAGGCUACGUGAGCCAGGCCGGAGGGAUGCUUGUCCUUGGGAAGGACAGAGACACGCUUCUUGGGACAUUCUCCAAUGGAUUUGCAGGGUGGAUGACGCACGUGAACCUGUGGAGCCAAGUCCUCAGCCCUGCAGACGUUCGGGCACUCGCGCUGUGCAAAGCAGGAAACCUGAAGGGAGAUGUCAUUGCAUGGGGGGAAACCCCCAUGACCCUCUUUGGGGGGGUGGUGCUGGAGGCUGACGCCAGCUGUCAGUGACCCCAAUAUGUAUAUUUUUAAGCAGCUGAAGAAUCCAAACUGCUUGCUGAAGAAACUGAGAAAGGAAGCUUGCUCCAUCUGUUUGUUUUAGGUUAAUUGCUUGUUUCCUCUUUCACUUUAUACAGGGUUACUGGGCACCUGCUUAGCGCUCCAGGUUGUUUUCCACGCAGGUAUGUGGUGGCAAAGCCUCCACCAAUCAGUGGGACAGAAGCAAAGAAUGGAGCACAGUACAACACCUUGUAUCUGCACAUCCCUCCUAUUAUUAAGAUUUCCCCCCACAGACCUUCUUUUUGUAUCCCAAGUGCUGCUCUCUUUGGAUAGAGGAACAGCUCUGUCAAGUCAAAAUUUUCUCAUCUCCUACAUCCCAUCUCCAUUCUCGGCACCUUUCCUGCACACGUGCUUUAUUCCCAUUUAUCACCAAGUUACCGCUUCUGCAGGUGUAUCACAUAGGAAAGUGUAUGCAAAGGGCAGUGUGGCUCCCACACAGUCACUGUCUUUGCUGUCAAUGGAUGGAGACAGACCAUGGGAGCAGCUUCUUUUCCAACAGGUACACAUUGCAAGACUGGGGCCUGUAUGAAACUCAUCUCCUAAGCUGAAGUACAUCACACAAAGGGCUAUCACCAAAGUCCAUGCCAGGCUGUUGAACAGUUCUGCUUUUUUCCCCCAACAGAAAGCAGCAACCUUGCACAAUUAACUCUAUUUCCACACGUUAAGUAAUGUAGUUAACCCUAAAAUCCCUUAAACUAAUAAAAACUUUAAUAAAUCC